UCCUUCCCUCCCGCCGCUGCCUGGACUCCGUUCAGCCGCAACUUCCUGCCGGGUGCUGGGGAACCGUGCACAUUUCGGGGGUCCCCCGGAGUCUGGUGCUCGCAGCGGGCGGAGGCUGGGACCGCGGGGCGGCCAGCCGUGGGCGGGAGUGGCUGGCGGCCUCUGCGGCUUCCGAGAGCGACUUUCAAACUCGAGCCCGCUUCGCGGCGCCACCUGGGCAGCCCCGCGCGCCUGGCGCGUCGCGAGCCGGCGGGGCGGCCACCGCUUGAAUCUUCCCGAGGUGACAGUCCCAGGCAGCGAUGCCAGGAUGCCCGUCUCUACUGCCCUCCACCAAGAUGGCAGCCAGGAGCGGCCACCGAGCCUGAUGUCCACCACCUCUUCAUCCGGCUCCUCCCGUGACAGCCACAGUGCCAUGGAGGAGCCCACUGGCUCUGAGGCUUCAGCCCAGAAUGGGACAGGCUCCCCUUGGGGCAGGCAUGUUCCCAACAGCAACAACAACUCCAGCGGCUGGCUGAACAUGAGGGGACCCCUCUCCCCAUUCAAUGGCCGCGCAGGGACAGGUCCUGCCCACCACAAGCUCAGCUACCUGGGCCGGGUGGUGAGAGAGAUUGUGGAAACAGAGCGCAUGUAUGUGCAGGACCUACGGAGCAUUGUGGAGGACUACCUCUUGAAGAUCAUUGACACUCCCGGGCUUCUGAAGCCAGAGCAAGUCAGCGCCCUCUUUGGGAACAUAGAGAGCAUAUAUGCACUGAACAGCCAGCUUCUCAGAGACCUGGACAGCUGCAAUAGUGACCCUGUGGCAGUAGCCAGCUGCUUCGUGGAAAGGAGCCAAGAGUUUGAUAUAUAUACUCAGUAUUGCAACAACUACCCCAACUCCGUGGCAGCCCUCACAGAGUGCAUGCAAGACAAGCAGCAAGCCAAGUUCUUCCGAGACCGACAGGAGCUGCUGCAGCACUCCCUGCCUCUGGGCUCCUACCUGCUGAAGCCGGUCCAGCGCAUCCUCAAGUACCACCUGCUGCUCCAGGAAAUUGCCAAACAUUUUGAUGAGGAAGAGGAUGGCUUCGAGGUGGUAGAGGACGCCAUUGACACCAUGACAUGCGUGGCCUGGUACAUCAAUGACAUGAAGAGGAGGCAUGAACAUGCAGUUCGGCUACAGGAGAUCCAGUCACUGCUCAUUAACUGGAAGGGUCCAGACCUGACCACCUAUGGGGAACUGGUCCUGGAAGCCACCUUUCGUGUACACCGCGUGCGCAACGAGAGAACGUUCUUCCUCUUCGACAAGAUACUGCUCAUUACCAAGAAGCGAGGCGAUCACUUUGUCUACAAGGGUCACAUUCCGUGCUCCUCACUGAUGCUGAUCGAAAGCACCAGGGACUCUCUGUGCUUCACUGUCACCCACUAUAAGCACAGCAAACAACAAUACAGUAUCCAGGCCAAGACAGUGGAGGAGAAACGGAGCUGGACUCACCACAUCAAGAGGCUCAUCCUGGAGAACCACCAUGCCACCAUACCCCAGAAGGCCAAGGAAGCCAUCUUGGAAAUGGACUCCUAUUAUCCCAGUAGGUAUCGCUGCAGCCCAGAGCGGAUGAAAAAGGCUUGGUCCUCCCAGGAUGAGGUGUCUACCCACGUGCGCCAAGGGCGUCGGCAGUCUGAGCCUGGUCAUACCCUGUUCAGCCGGGCAACACUUCCCAGCAGGCAGCAGCAAGGAUUCGAGAUGCCAGGCCUUAAGGGCCGUAGAAAGUCGGAGCCUACCAGACACCUGCUCAGGCAACUGAGUGAGAAAGCAGCCAGAGCAGCGGGAAUGAAGCAUGCAGGCAGUGCUGGAGCCCUCCUGGACUUUGAGCAGCCACGCCAUGCACAGGAGCAGCGGCCAGAGGCUCAGGGGGCUGCUGGGGAGGAACUUGAGGAAGAGGAGGAAAUAGUGGAGGAGGAAGAGCAGCAGCAGCAGCAGACCUUCCCGGCCUCCCUGGAGGACAUGGCAGGGCAUGAUGGCAGCGAGAAGGUGCCUGGGCCAGAGCUCCCGGGCUCGGAGGAGGAGGAAGAGAGUCUGGCAGUGGCGGAGCAGGUAGCUGACUUUGCCAGCUCCCUGCUGGCCGCCCUCCACUGCUGGCACUAUCGGGCCAACGCUUUACUUUUCUCCCGGGGUGCUAUGGGGAAGAGACACAGGGAGUCUGAAGGCUCUAAAAGCUGCAGAAGGCCCAGUAAGCAGUCUCCAACCAGUGCGGAGAAACGCCUGAGCUUGGAGUCUGUUUCUUCCCUGCCAGAGGUGAGCAGUCAGCAGGUUGAGACAGAUCCUGAGCCUGGGGCUGAACAGGAGGUCUUUACUGCCUUGGAAGAUCCCAGCACUGAGGAGAUGCCUUCAGACCCAGAAUUUCCAGAAGCCCUGGAGACACAGCUUCAUGCCCCCAAGGGGCUGCUAGGAGUGGACAACCCAGCUGGUGUGGUGGACUUUGUGGAGCCUGAGGGGUCUGAAGACCUUAAAGCCCUGAGUAGUGAGGAGGAAGAAGAGGAAGAAAUGGGAGCUGCCCAGGAACCUGAGAGCCUCCUGCCACCCUCUGUGCUAGACCAAGCCAGUGUCAUUGCUGAGCGGUUUGCCAGUAGCUUCUCUCGGCGGAGCAGUCUGGCAGUAGAAGAUGGCAAAUCAAGUGGCCUAGGGACACCACGGCUCAUCAGCCGGAGCAGCAGUGUGCUUAGCCUGGAGGGCAGUGAGAAGGGCCUAGCCCGAUGGAGCAGCAUUGGGGACUCCCUCAGCAACCUGCCCACCUCAGAAGUGAUCAUUGGUCCAGACACGGUCACAGACAAUGGCCCCUCUGUCAAUGGGACAGAAUCUCCAAGUGCAGGCUCAAGUUGCCCCGCAGAACAGGACAGAUCUUCCUGCAAGAAAAAAGAAUCAGCAUUGUCUACCCGAGACCGACAGCUGCUGGACAAAAUUAAGAACUACUAUGAAAAUGCGGAGCACCACGAUGCGAGCUUCAGCAUCCGUCGGCGGGAGAGCCUCUCCUACAUCCCUAAAGGACUGGUACGCAGCUCUGUGUCCAGGUUCAACAGCCUUCCCAAGCCUGACUCAGUGCCAGCAGCUCCAGUUGGGUCCAAGAAGCCAGGGAGUUCUCGGCCGGCCUCAUGGACCUUGUUUGACCUCCCAGGUCCCAGCCGGACAGACGAAGGGGACCCAGCUCCUGUCACAGAUGCUGAGUUCCGCCCUUCUUCAGAAAUGGCAAAGAUAUGGGAAAGAAUGGAGUCUUCGGAGAGGGAGAGAAGUCCACGGACGGGGUCUGGCCAGAGCCAGGCCAAUGGCUUCGAGCUACAGGAGCCACUGUUCAUCUUGGAGGAACAUGAGCUGGGGGCCAUCACUGAGGAGUCUGCUGUCGCCUCUCCAGAAAGUGCCUCCCCCACUGAGCAACCAAGCCCAGCCCACCUGGCCCGGGAGCUCAAAGAACUGGUGAAAGAGCUGAGCAGCGGUGUUCAGGGGGAACUGGUUACCCCAUUGCACCCCCGUAUUGUGCAGCUCUCCCACGUGAUGGACAGCCAUGUGAGUGAGCGUGUCAAAAACAAGGUGUACCAGUUGGCCCGCCAGUACAGCCUCCGAAUUAAGAACAUCAAGGCUGCUAGGCCACCUCUACCAUGGGAAAAAGCUACUCCUGACAGGGAUGAGCAGACCCCUUCCAUUUCUGGCCUGCUUGAGGAAGCUGGAGAGCUGUCAGGGGGCAAAGCCAGGAGGAAGCCUGUGCUGUCCCUCCUUAGCUACGAGCAGCUGGUGGCUCAGGAGCAUGGCACCUCCAAGUCUUCCUCUGCUGUGGAGGCCUCUCCACGCCGUUUCUCCUUCAGCCCUCCUGCUGUCAGCCCAAGAACCACCACCUCACCCGGGUCUCGGUCCUCCGCUCGGAGCCCCCUCAGCCCCUUUGACACGGAGACCUUCAACUGGCCUGAUGUCCGGGAGCUCUGCUCCAAAUAUACCUCCCACGACAAGACUGCUCAGGCGGAGAGCAGCUGGCCCCGUAGCCUGCUGGUCAACAGGAGCCGCUCCUUGCCUGAGAACAUUGUAGAACCUCCUAUGUCUGGCAAGGCGGACCACUGCUGCAGCCUGAACACCAAGAGGCUCCAGGGAGAUGGGGAGGCCUCCCAGCCUCCACCUCCUGAGUCUCCUCCCGACAGCCGGCUGAAUGGAGGUGACGCCCUGUAUGUCACUGCAGACCUUACCCUGGAGAACAACCAGCGAGUGAUCAUCAUGGAGAAGGGGCCCCAUCCUAGUUCCACCACGGGGCUGGAAGAAGGCAGUGGGAAGGAGCCAAGUUCCCCAGUGGCUUUGAAGGGACGAGGCCAAGGUUUCCAAGAGUCUAUAGAGCUCCAGCCCAAAGAAGACGGUCCCAGGGACUCAGCAGACACAAACAAACAGGGCAGAGUGAGAAACCUGAGGGAGAAGUUCCAGGCCUUGAACUCUGUGGGUUGACUGACUCCUGAGAGAGAACAGCCAUGUGGAGGUAGAAAGGACCUGGCGAGCUUGCUCCAGGCCUGGCUCUUAAGGCUGUUCCUCCAUUCUUCUGCAAGAGUGGUUUGGGAAACACGUGUGAACUCACCUGCUACGUGCUGGCUCCUCCCCUCCCCUGUGUGGUCCUAUGAUGACUUUCCUUAGGUCCAGAUGAGCCACUUACGUUCUCUGUAAAUACUUCUCUGAUAAGAAGCCAACUAUUUUAUUUAAGCUUAUUCUGCCCAGGGAAAGCGAGCAGUGCCCUGGCUUUCCUUACUGGCUGGCCACUGCCCGGCUGAGAACAGGGGAGAGACAGGCUUUGCCCUUUAACUGCCUUGUCAUAGGACCCAGGCAGGAAUGGGGCCAAUAAUUUAUUGCUUUAUGUCCUGUGGUAUGUGUGUAUGAGUGAGUGUGUGUCUUGUAAAGAAUGUGAUGGACUUAGUUCAGGUACUCUUGAAGGUUGUCUUGCUGGCCCUUGUGGUUGUUGCUAAUGUACACACAUUUCAUUAUUUACCUAUGGUGCAAUAACCACUGCUGACCAACCAA